UACCUAAACAUGAAGGUAUCACACACGCGCCCUGUCUACCGCCUCCCCGUUCCGUGGUUCUGAGCCUGCGCACUGCGCCCCAAACUGAGAGACCGAGAGACGGGGCUCGAGCCUCCGCACCGUCGAGCAACCACCGGGAACAAAACCGGAAUAUAACACCGGACAAAAGCAGGACCCACCCACCGAAAACCCACCGAGCUGCGCCCGACAUUCACCGGGAAAUCAUCGGGAGAGAGGGCGUCAGGAGAGCGGAGGCAGGCGGGGGUCGGUAGACCGGGAGCCUGCCUGUCUGUCCGCCUGCAGACGGUAAGACAAAGCGGAGUGAAGCGGCUGCCAGCGCCGCUUUCAAACGGUGUUUAAACACUGAGUCAUGGUGCUGGAUUCACCGCUGCGGUUUAUCUAACGGACCUGUGAAUGUAAUGUGUGUGUUAACGAGCGGAGGGUCUGAGGGCUGAAGACAGGACGGUGUGAAGGUCCAGAUGUUGGCCUGGUGAUGAUGCUCCAUGUUCUGUCCUGAUGUCCUCACACGGUCUGUCCUGUACCUGACAGUCUGAACUCAGGGUUUCAGUGGCUUUAAACAGAGAGGAAACACAUGCUGGGACAUACAGUAUCUGAGGAGGACGAGUGGAGACAUAAAUAAAACCUCUGGAGGACAUGAAGAAGACAUCCAGGCACUAAACACAGCAUUUGAGGUGGCAGACAUUAACAUAUUGAUCUGUGAAGAAAUAAAAGUAUGGAGAGCAGACACUGAAAUACUGGAGGACAAUGAGACAUUAAGACACUUUAGGAUAAAUGAGACGAAAAGAAACAACUGGGGCUCAUACAGAGAAAUAAAGAAGUUUCACGGACAAGACAUUAUAAGUUUGGAUGUGAAGAGGACUGAGUGGACGACAUGACAUCCCCAAGGUGGACCCGGCUCUCUGUCUCAUCAGCCCUGAUCCUACUCCAGGUCCUGGUCCUGACAGCCUCUGUGUUGGCAGCUCGCUCUGACAGGAGCAUGGUGUUGGAGGAGUAUGUUAGCGCCACGGUGAACGCCACAGUGCUGGACGGACGAGGAAACACCGUCCACAUGAUGAGCAGCGACGACGGGACGUAUGGACAGAACUCACCUAAGGUGGACACCAGGGGUGUCGUCAUCGCACCUGCACCGCAUCAUGGAGUGGUGGACCGGCAGGGCUGCGACCCCAACACUCGUUUCCUGGUUCCUCCGCGGAGCGUCCACUGGGUGGCGCUGCUGCAAAGAGGAAACUGCACCUUUAAAGAGAAGAUCCUGAAGGCGGCCUCCUACAAUGCCACGGCUGUCCUCAUCUACAACAACUCAACCGACAAGACAGUCAAGAUGGGACACGAAGGUACUGGUGACACAGUGGCAGUGAUGAUCACGGAGGCAUACGGCAAAGAGAUCCUGGCUCACCUGGAGAGGAACCUGACGGUCCUGGUCUCAGUGGUGGUGGGUCAACGCGGUUCUGCCAAGAACACCAACCGAGGCUCGCUGGUCUUUGUCUCCAUCUCCUUCAUUGUCCUCAUGAUCAUCUCGUCGGCCUGGCUCAUCUUCUACUUCAUCCAGAAGAUUCGCUACACCAGCGCCAGGGACCGCAGCCAGCGUCGGCUCGGUGAUGCAGCAAAGAAAGCCAUCGGGAAACUAACGACGAGGACGGUGAAGAAGGGAGACAAGGAAACUGAUCCAGACUUUAACCACUGUGCGGUGUGUAUUGAAGCGUACCAGCUGAACGACGUGGUUCGAAUUCUGCCCUGCAAACACGUCUUCCAUAAAGUGUGUGUCGACCCGUGGCUGAAUGAACACUGCACCUGUCCCAUGUGUAAACUCAACAUCCUCAAAGCUCUUGGCAUCAUGACCAGUCUUCCCUGUGUAGACAGCGUGGUGUUGGAUGUGGAGCGUCUGGGUGUCAGUCAGGCGUCUGGCAGCCAGAGGGCGCCACUGGGUGACAGCAACCAGCCGUCCAUCAGCCUGGAGCCGCUUAGCCCCCCCCACCCUGAGGCCACGCCAAGAACACCUGCUGACAUCACCAUCGCCGUGACCAGUGGCGGUCACUUCUUCAACAGGAACUCGAUGUCUCCUCGCAGCGUCGUCUGUGAGAUGGAGCUGCCAGACAUCCAGGCCUCACUGGACCUCUAUGACGACAACAAGUCCUGAGGUCUGUCUUCAUGGUUUCAGACUCCACCUUCACUGUCACACCUCCACCUGCUGAUGGAGGGAUGAAGUGUUUCCUUUUUGGGGGGGAGGGGGAGUCUGAUAACAACAAAGUGGAUGGACUUUUGAGCAUUUAUUCCAACAGACUUUCUUCAGACUAUACAUGGACUCUGGAAUCGGGAUCCUGGUCUGGAUCUUAGUCUCAGUUUAGACUUGUUAGCUCAACGCUUUCGUGUUUUUAUUUUCCUCAGAAGAAGACAAACUGGAGAGCUGGUAGUUGGGUCAAAUCAUUAAAAACGCAAAUAAUCCAGAGAACUGAAUUUCAGAACCAAUUUCAGUCCAGAAACCAGAACCUGAAGUAGGUUCCUCUGGUAGAACUGGAGGUGAUGAUGGUGUCGAGUUCCUGGAAAAGUUCCUGAGUUCCUUGAAAAGUUUUGCUGUACCUCUCUUAGCACUCUUGUUUUUCUGAAAAGGGGUUCUUGUAUUCCUGUAAUCCUGAAUUCCAGAGUUCCUAAAAAGUUUCCUCCAAGGUUCAUAGGCAACUAAAAAAAUACAUCAGGUUCCUGAGUUUCUGGAAAAGUUCCCAGGCUUCAUAAGUUUGCUGGAACAGAACCUGAGUUUCAAACAAGGUUCAUGGGUUCUUUUUAAAAGCUGUUUCUGAGUGACUAAAAGGGUUCUUGGGUGCUGGGAAAAGUCUUUGAAUUCCUAAAAUGGUCCCUGGAAACGUUUCUUAGCCCCUGGAAACAUUCUUUGGUUUGUGGAAAGAGUUUGAAGAAUUUACGUAAGGUGCCUGGGCUUUCUGGAGAUGUUCCUGAGCACCAAAAAAGAUUAGAGAAAUUCCUUAAAAAGGUUCUUGAGGUCUUGAAAAAAAAAUCCAGGUUCCUAAUAACUUUCCUGGAAAAGUUCCUGAGUGCCUAAAGGGGUUCAUGGAAAGGUUCUUGAAGUCUUAAAAGUUUUUUUUUUUUUUUUUUUUUUUUUUUUUUUUUUAAAGGGUGCCAUCGGUUCCUGGAAAUGUUCCUGAGCUCCUAAAAGGUUCUGUCUGUAUCUCUUUGGUCUUUCCAGUUCCCACACAGGUUACUGAACUUUUAAAAAGUUUCUUGUGUUCCUGGAAAAUAGGUCCAAAGACCUGUACCCAAGACUGCAUCAACUAAACCCAACCAGGUGACACCAGGUGAACUAGAACCAGAACUGACGCAGAGAACCUGAACGCAGACAAAGUUCCUGUUGGUGUUCCCUGAUGUUCUGCGUUCUGGAUACUUGUAACCUGACGUCCUGAUUCAUUGACUGAUGAUUACAUCACUAAGAGUCUGUGUUAAGACCUGAACUUGGAUCAGAACUUGUCUGUAAAUAUAGGUAUAGUAUAUAUACCAGAACUGUAAGAGGACCUGGACCUGGAUCCUGAUCCUGAUUCUCUGGAGUAAACAAUCAUGUGAACUUUAACAGUGUUAUUUCCCCUGUAGCAAAAAAACAUGUUUCUCUUUAGAACAAAGAGACAUUAGAUUUAGAGGAACAGUCCAACAUUUCAGUAAACCUCUCUGUUCAGUAUCGUGGUGUUCCUCUGGGAACCGUCCUGGGUCCUCUGAUCUUAAACAUUACAGCUCUACACAAACACGUUAACAUCCAUUAAACUCUCUUGUUUCCUUCCAGAUGCAGAAGAAAACUUGAAGUUUAGUUAUAUCAGAGACUGAUCAUCUUAGCUUAGCAGAAAGACUGUUAGCAUAGCUCCAUCAACAACAACAGCUUCAUGGCUGUCUGAGUGUCAUUUAACCAGCUAGUCUGUUUAGUCAACAGUCCAGUCAAUGCAUCUGCAAACGUCACAUCUGGAGCCCAGAGGUCUGAGAACCAAUGAGAAGAGAGCCGAAUCACUUCCUGGUGUUUAACUCCUCGUCAUCCAGUUUCCAUCUACAUUUAAAAGUUUUAAUGAAAAUGUUCAAAGUAAAACAUGAGAGAAGUCGUUUCCCUCAUAUGAGUCUGUCACUUGGUUAAUCAGUUAAUGUUUACAGGUCUGCGUUACUGGGUUCAGGUUGUGGAUAACAAACCUGAUACUUUUCUACGGGCUCAAAGAAGGGUCAAAAAGAUUCUGAGCUUGUAAAGUGAAGUCCACAAACAAUAAAACUGUAAACCUGUAAAAUAAAUCUGUCUAAGAUUAAGUCUUUAAUCUAUAAAAACAAAGAGUGAGACUAAAACCAGUGAACAGGUGAAGUCUGUGGUGAAAUUACAGCAGGAACUGUGCAACUGUGUCUUUACACCUCAAUCUGAUUGGACAGUGACAGUCCAAUCACAGACGUGAAGUAGAUUUCCAAGAUGGCCAACUCUUCUGCAACUCAGGUGGUUUUAUAAACAAACACAGCACAUGAACUGUUUAUUUUUGUUUCCUGCAGCAUCAACAGAUAUAAUUAAACCUGUUGUACCUGAACUCACCACUGAUCUCACCUUUUCACUGUUUUUUCUCAGUCUAUGUUUUUACAGGUUAAAAUCUUUUUCUACACAUGAACAAACUUUCUCCUGCAGAUUUAUUUCACAGGGUUAUUAUCACUCAUCACUUCACAGGCUCAGAAUUUUUGACCCUAAUUUGAUCCUGUAGUUUUCUGUCUUCACAGGUUAAACACCUGCUGAGACUGAAGUGUUAUUAGAACAGUUAAACCCAGGAAAUAUACAGUUUACAUAGUUUCUAAUGAUGUCAGUCAUCACAGUAAAAAAAACAGAAUCAGGUGGUUUCAGCAAACAGAUGACUGUAGAUGAUACGAAUCACCCUCAGCUGUCACCUGACCUGUCAACACCUGAACUCAUCUUCAUCUCAGAGGACCCUGCUCUCUUCUUAUUGGCUCACAGACCUGAUCAGGUGUGAGGUCUGCAGGUGGACCCGCCAUGAGUCCAGGACUUAAGCCAUUGACGUGUAUCUUCUUUGUCCAGCAGAAGGUUUCCCGAAGUGACGGACUGCUCCUCUACUGUGUAUUAAACAGCUUCUGAAUUAUUCAGCGUGUAAUAAUCAGAUAUAAACAGCAUAAUAAAAUCUAUAAUCUGAUUGAUCAAUAUUAUCUCUGAAGUGACCUGAACAUGUCCUGCUGGACGCUCCGCUUCUGUCUCUGUCCUUCAUGUCACAUGGUACUGAUGGUGAUGAAGAUGAUGAAGGUUAAAGAGGAUGUGUGUGAUGCUUUCAGUUCAGUGUGUUUACUGCCUCAGCAUUAAAUGUCAGUGUCAUUAAAGUGUCAUUAUUGCGUUUAA